AUGCCGUGCACCAUUACCCAGGAGCCCGACCCACAGACGGGCCGCUACCGCUGGUUGAUUCAAGCCGUGGACCCGUGUGAGUGCACGCAGAUCGGAAUGGGUGGCUUCAGCACCUUCGUACCGUACAGACCCUACGAGGUGACGUACAAUGACACCUUUCUGAUCAGCAGCGAUCCGGAGGAGAUACAGCAAUGGCUCAACUGCCCUGGUGACUCUUCUUGCUCUGUGGAGGGACCUCUCGGGAUGAAAGAUGGUCGCAUCCCGGAUCAAAGCAUCACAGCUUCGUCUUUUUGGCGAAACGGCGCUAUGUGGAGCCCAGUCAGGGCCAGACCUAAUACUCAAGGACGUGCUGAAGCCUGGUGUCACGAUGAACUAACUGAUAAUAUCAGUCCAUGGAUACAGGUUGUCUUCAAUGGCACAGUCACCAUCACUGGUUUGAUCACCCAGGGGCGUGGAGACGGCGACCAAUGGGUGACGGAGUACGGAGUGACGUAUAGCCGCAAUGGCGGUCAGUCUUGGAAUAACGUUACUAAUGUAGACGGCAAACCUAUAAGGUUCCCUGGUAACAAUGACAGGAACACCCAGGUAUCUACUCGUUUCCCGUUUGCCUUGCGCACCAGAAUCCUGCGCAUUUACCCCACUGCAUGGUAUGACCACUGCAGCAUGAGGUUUGAAGUGAUCGGCUGCUAUUAGACUAUUUCCAUUAUUUUGUCAGUGGAUCAGUUAAACGAAAUCAACGUUUACUAUAAUCAAUAAAAAUUUAAAAAAAGUGUUUACGCUCGUACAUGCUGCCUCCUAAUGGCACUAAAUUUCUUUGAUGAACAUCUUUUGUGAAUCUGUAUGUGUACAUUUGAAAUGUAUAUAAAUGUCUAAAUUGUAAAAACAAAAAUUUCAGAGUUAUCAAAAUAAGGGAGGUAAACUAUCGCCAGAUUUGCGAUUUAUUUGACGUUGAUUGUCAUCGUUUUUAUUUGAAUUUAAAUACGACUGUGCACUUAUAUUGUAAGGCUUUUUAAAGUGUGAAUUUGUUUUUAAACAAAAGGUGUUAAGACACGCCGAGUCUGCAGCUGGCACAAAAACAAAACGCCAUCAAAACUAGAAUACAAGUCGUGAAAACAAAUAUAUUAUUCGGCGUCAGGCCAAACCUCCCCACUCUACAUGAACAAAAUAGACCAGCUGAAGAAAUUUAUUUUAUAUAGAGCCUAAUUCCGGGGCGCCCUCUGCUGCCAGACAAUGAGAAAAAUGCGUGUACAUGUCAACCUAUUCCGGCAGAAUAGCCACAUACCGGUGGCGAAAAGGAAGAAGAAAAGCAAAAAGGCUUCUAAAGUGCGCGUUGUACAUUUAAAACAAAUUCCCAAUAGUCGGUAAAAUUUCUAAUUUGUCUUCAAAAGUAAAAAGCUGACAUGGUAUCGAGCAUAUAAUAAUAAGCUGGGUUGUCGCUGUAAGGCAAGGUUCAUGGAUUGACCUACACGAAUCAGCAUCCUGAUGAAAAUUAGUUUGCAAUAAAAAGACAUCUCAGUGAUUAAACUUUAACACGGUAAUUAAUUCGUGGACUCCGCAUUGUAUCGUCGGUGUUUCUCACGUACUGUAAAUGUGCUUGUAAUUUGUUACAGAUCCACGAAGUAAUUGAUUUUGUACAGGUGUUUUGAUGUUGAAAUACAAAUAGGUAGUUAAGCAAAUUACAUUUUUGGUUUUUUUUGACAAAGUCUUGUUAAUAUACAUUUCUUUGUUGCGAAAAUCAGUACUACGUAGUCUAGCAACGUGUUCUGUGUUUAAACCUGGUUUGACGUUAAUUAUAAUUAUGCAUGACAAAAGUGAUAUUACAUCAAUAGCUUGUUUCAUUUGGAACCAGAUCAUUUUGAUGCAGACAUUGUAUUAAAUCAGUGAGUACAAAUCCAGCUUAUUUGAAAUAACGGCAAAGUGUAAGGGUUACAUCCUCGCUGUUAACAAAGUUUUCGAAUAAAGAAUCA